AUGAGGAGACGAAGAAUUGUAAGGCAAGGGUCUUUGGAGGCAGCAGAAAUAAGUCGGGGACGCUCAGUGACGUGCUUGCGGCACGCGUCCAGAGCGCGCGUGCCAGGAGACCCCCAGGGCCGCCGGGGUGCCUCCCGCUCUAGUGAGAAACCAGCCAUGUUCUCGCCACCGAAAAGCCUUCCGGACCAUCUGGUUUGUAACCUCGAACCCGAAGCUGUGAGCCCACUCAGCCAGAACGAUGCACUGACCCUGGCGGAGAGGAUCAGCAAGAACUGCGUGAUAACCCACAGGAAGUGCCCGAAGACUGGGGAGAAACGGAUGCUCCCUUUCCAGGUUGCUGUUUCACUGGUCAGCAAAUUCAACGAAUUCUCUCCCGAUAUCCUGACCUCCCUGGGACAGGCGGCUGCCGGGCUCUCGGAGCCCCAGAUUGUGUUUGGGAUCCGCAACGACGACCUCUUGGCUUCUCUGCCUUCCCUGAGCAAAGUUCGGGGCUGGAACGCACAGCAGGCGGAAGCCAUUUUGAGCAAGCUGUUCCAAUCUGGAUACCAGAUUCAAGACGGAAGGAGUCUAGCAGCUCUUGGGAGCUUGCUGGCUGGCUUGGAUCUUGACCAACUGCAAGAGAUACCCCCCAGCGUGGUCUUGGAUGCGCUCAAAGUCCCUGGAUUCGCCACGCUACUGGAGAACCUGUCACCCUCUCAGAAAAAAGUGCUUGUGGAUAAGCUGAUUGCCGCUACAGACGGAUUCAAAGAGUUGGUGGAGCGUGUCCCCGUCGAGCUGGUUCCUUACGUCCCCAAAUCCCUGCUGGUCCCUGUCGGCGAGUUCAGCAUCCAAGAUCUCAACGGCAAGCCGUGGACUCAAGAACAGGCUGCCAUGUUUUUCGACGAUGUCAUCGGGAGCGUCCAUAAUUUCAGCAGCCUCUGCCCCUCCAUCUUGCACGGCUUCACCUGUGCCACCGCCAGAAAUUUGGACACCGAGAGACUCCGAGAACUCGCCAAGGCCAUGAAAGAGAAGAAGGUCCAGCUGGGAAAACAUCAGCUGCUCUGUCUAGCUGAAAGGUUGAUGCUGCGUGGCAUUCCCCAUGAUUUCAACGACUAUCCAGAAGAACUGGUGCUGUUUGUAAGUCCUUCGGAUUACGGCGCAAUCGGAAGCUGCAAAGAGUAUUUUGCCCGUGUUGGGAAAGCCAACGUAGACGUGCUGGAGAAAGGGUCGUCCCAACGUGAGCGGCUGCUGGCAGAAGCCUUGGAUUGCCUGAAAAUCUCCGGGCCGCACGUGAGCCGGGGGAAUGCCGAAAACGCGCGCGGGGCGUAUGCCGAAAUCCUGGGCCGUUUGGCCUGCGACCUCAGCGCCGAGUACUUUAAAACGUCGGGCCGGAAUCUGCUGAAACAGUUGAGGGAGUGUCGGUCCUUCAGUCCCGAUCAAGUCAAGGCCAUCCAGGCUCUCCUCUGCAGCGGAAACACUCCUGUCGGGCCCCCGUCAGAGUGGACAUCCAGCACCCUCGAAGAACUGAGCGGCUUGUUCCACGUCUUUGAUCGCUGCAUCCUGCAAAAAAUCCCAGCGAGCGUCUUGACGCCGCGGCUGAAGUGCCUCCUCCACAAAUCACACCUGCCCAGAAAAGACUUGGCCGCCUUCAUGAAGAACCUCUGGUCUCCCAGGCUCAAACGUUCCUCAGGGUCGGAAUGCCCACCUGACAAAAUCAUCACAGACGAAAUGGCUCAGGACGAGCUGUUACCGAUCGACUAUACUACCGCUGAGGAGCUGCGUUCCUGUCUGCCAGACGAGGUCUUCCUGAGGAAUCUGGGCUACCUCUCUGAAUUCGCUUUCGCAGAUGAACAGCUGGCCAUGAUGAAGGACAAACUGGACAGGAUUUAUUCUGAUGGAUAUCCAGAUUCGGUACUCCGCAACCUUGGAAAUUUCAUGACUUUAAUGACUCCAGAGGAUAUUAAAAAGUGGAAAUUCAACUCAAGUGAAACGCUCGCUGCAUUACUGGCCAAUGAACCUUCGCCUGAGAUUGCCGCCGCAAUAAUUCGUCAGUAUAUAGAUAAUGGGGGCCCAGUGGAUGGCAUCCUUGGACGUUUCGUGCCUUUAAUGACUCCAGAGGAUAUUAAAAAGUGGAGAUUCAACUCAACUGAAACGCUCGCUGCACUACUGGCCAAUGACACCUCGCCUGAGUUG